AUCAGUCUCCACCCAUCCCAUACCCUCGCCAUGUCUAUACAACUUAGAAACGGCUUUGAAAAUGAACCCAUUGACCGCAUCCUAGAAGAUCUCUUGGCGCGGUUUGUCAUCAACUGCCCACCCGAGGACUUGUCAUCCAUCGAACGUGUCUACUUCCAGAUCGAGGAGGCGCACUGGUUCUACUUGGACUUUAUCUUGCAAGUCAACCCCAAACUCCUGUCAAUGAAGAUGAAAACCUUUUCCACGGAAAUCUUAAAGAAGUGCCCGCUUUUGUGGAAGUGGGGUGACCCCGAUGUGGCCAUCAACACGUUCAACAACUACAAGCGGCGCAUCCCAGUUAGAGGUGCGUGCUUGUUCAAUGCAGCGUGCGACAAAGUUUUGUUGGUGAAGGGGACCGAGUCGCGGUCCUGGAGUUUCCCUAGGGGGAAAAUUGGCAAAGAUGAGACUGACACCGAAUGUUGUUUGCGUGAAAUCAAGGAGGAGAUCGGCUACGACGCCAGCAACCAGAUGGACGAGGAGUCGUACGUCGAGAGAACCAUCCAGGGGAAAAACUACAAAAUCUACAUGUUGAAAAAUAUCCCGGAUGAUGUCCAGUUUGUGCCAGAGGCGCGAAACGAAAUCUCGGAGAUCAAGUGGUUUGACUUCAAGAAGUUGGUCAAAAAGUGCCGUGCCAGCCCAAAGGGCUUUUUCCUCGUGGGCAAUAUGUUGCAGCAGAUGAUCCAGUAUAAUAAGAAGCAGAAGGGUGGUUUUGGCGAGGAGGAGUUGAAGCGCGACGCGGAGCGGAAGUUGAAGGCGUUGCUAGGUAUCAAGGGGCAGCCAGAGGGGAAUGUCGAUGCGGGAAGAGAAAUCUUGAACAUGUUGACCAAGGGGAGUGAGGCCCCGCAGUUCCAGCCUCCACAGUUUUUCCAGCCACCCGCUCCGGGUGGAGUAAUGGUGCCGAAUUUUGCCCCGAACAUGCCGUUCCAUCCAUUCCAUCCAGGCAUGAUCAUGCCUUUCCCAAUUGUGCCGAUGAUUCCACCACAUCCUUACAGCGCAACACCCCAGUUGCAUCAACAGCAAUUGCAUCACUACAGCCCAGAGGCCGUCUUGGUGCAGCCAAACGCCUCUGGGCAGGACCAAACCCAUGGUCAAAAUCAUGGCCAAACCCAUGGCCAAGCCCAAAAUCAGAGCCAAAACCAAAUUCUGAACCAACCGCAGCCCCACGCCCAAACUAACCACGGCCGUGUAGACACGACCAACUCGAGGGAAUUAUUGCAAUUGCUCUCCAAUAGGACAAUAUUGCAGUUGCUCUCCAAGGAACCAAAAGAGGCCAAACUGAACGGCUCCGACUUGUUAUCCAUAUUAAAGGGGGGGCCACUUAAGCCAAAAAACACCCUGAGUGACUCUCACGAGUUGCUAGGCUUGUUGAAGAAGGUCAAAGGCCUUGAAACACCAGCACCCUUGGAAAGAAAGAAUAGCGCCAUUCAGCAGGCCAGAAAGCAGAGCGUAAUUUCUCCACCAUCCCCGCCGUUUGCCCCGUCCCAUGCUUCUGAGAAGUUUGGGGAUGAUGAGUACAGCGAUUACGAGGACUACGAAGACGCUGAGGGACAUAUUUCUGGGUACGAAAACCGCUCCUUCGAUCACUUUGAGAUCGACAGCGACUACGAGCAUUACCAAAGUGACGAAGAAGAGGGUGAAGUGGAAGAGGAUGAGGUAGAGGAUGCCCCUAGAACGCCCAUCACCCCCGGAGGUGGGAAACACAACUACAACAAUAAUGUUGCAAGCAACGGUCACGGUUAUGUUACAAACAACGGUAACCAUGCUGGGACUAGCCACGACCAUGGUGGUGGCAUUGUCAACGCCUUCCAAGCUCCACACGUUGGUAUCUCGCAGGUCCAAGCUCCAAAGAAGAAGUUUACGUUGUUAAAGCGAGGCCAAGAUAUCUCUGCGGUCGAUUCUGCAGCGCAGGAUGCCACGCCAGAGGCCACGCCACAAGGUUCCAACCCGUUGUUGGAGCUCUUGGAGAAAAAGAGCCAGGUGUCCCACGAACCAGCCCCGGCCGUCAGACUCCCAGACGCCGAGACAAAGACCAGCAACCCGUUAUUGGACUUGUUGAAAAGAAACCAGUCUGGAGCGCCUUCAGCCCACGAACCAACUGCCCCAACCAGCUUGUUGAACUUGCUAAAAGGCGGCCCUCAGGCCAAUCCUCAGGCCAACCCUCCGAAUGCUGGAAACGCCAUGGCCAUGAACAACAUUGGUCUCAUGAAUAGCGGGCACACCUCCAGAAACCCCGUUGACGAGUUCAUUCAGAGUCACACCAGGAUCGACAACUCGGCUUCGUCUGGCAGCAACAUCACGCCUGAUGUCUCCUCCACUGGUAUCAGUGCCAAAGCGCCUGAAGACCCAGCAAUCAUGACCUUCAAGUCCAGCGGCAGCGCCCCACAGUCCUCGCAAAGCGAGUACAGUAACCCGUUGUUAUCCUUGUUAAAACAAUCCUCCCAGGGUGCUCAGCCACCGCUGCAAGGCCGCCCGGUUCCGAUUUCGCUCGACGCUUUGGAGGCAUCACUCUCCCCAUCCCACGUCCCGUUGCCGGACUCUGCUUUUGCAUCGCCACAGCCUCAGCACCAGCAGUUUGAUUUGAGAAACAAUGCCAGCAACGGCCACGCCACUUCCUUGUUGGGGUUGUUGAAGGGCAACACUGGUCUCUAGGGCUGGCGGGUUGAGCUAAUAAAUGUUUAAUGUGGAUUGGAUGUAGAAGCGGCGCGUUAUUUCCAGGUAUACUCUAUCUGAUUCGGUAGGGCGCUAAUAUAACCGUCCCUGUAGAAAAUGAUGCUGCGAGUUUCCUAUGGACAGUGCUAGAAAUUUGCGUAGCCGUGGUUUCCAUCUCAAUGAUACUCAACUAGUUCCUAAUCCUUUGGGAUAUGCAUUAUAGCUGGUGCUAGUGCACAUAGUCCUGUCGACUAUCACUCCAUAUAAACGAUGUAGUUUUGAUGCGCCAGGGAGCCAGCUUACAGUGCUUUGUUUAAAAUAAACCUGCAGUUAGCUUUCAUAUUCGUCAGGUAUUUCUCAGUCACUAUAUAUUAUAAAACAUUAAUGGAA